AUGGAUGAAAUCUCGACGAUUGGAUUUCAAAUCAUUUCUUUGGCAAAGGAUAAACCGGAAGGUAUCAACAACGAUGACCUCUCGGAAUCGCUACAAACCGUGGCGCCGGAGAAGCGUGUCCAGGCGCUGAACAAGCUGCUACUGGAUGGUGUGCUGGAGAUAUUGAAAAAGGGCAACACGCUGAUAUACCGGAUGAAGGAUCCCGGCAAGAAAUCGUCCGCCCCGAAGGACAUCGACAAUGAGGAGCGCGUAAUAUACAACAUUGUGGAGGAGGGUGGCAACAAGGGCAUCUGGAUAAGGGACAUCCGUGUGAAAUCCAACCUGGUCAUGACGCAGUUAAACAAAGUGCUGAAACAGUUGGAAAACAAGAAGCUUAUAAAGGCGGUUAAAUCGGUUAACGCUAGCAAAAAGAAAGUGUACAUGCUGUACAAUCUGGAACCGGAUCGUUCCAUAACGGGUGGCGCAUGGUAUCAGGACCAGGACUUCGAGGCAGAAUUUGUUGACGUGCUGAAUCAGCAAUGCUUACGAUUUUUACGCAUGAAGCGUGACUCGGCACGGACCAGCGGCGAGGGACCGUUGGCAGUGCAGAAGCUGUCCGAAUGCUCGGUGGCCGACGUGCACCGCUUCAUCUCCGAUCUCGGCAUCAGUAAGAUCAGCCUGGAUGAGGACGAUCUGGAAACGAUACUCAAAACAGUAGUGUACGACGGUAAGGCAGAACGUAUCGCACAGAUUAACGGGGGGUUUCUGUAUCGUGCGAUAGAGGCGCCUAUUGCUGCGCCGGGUCUGGUGCAGAUGCCGUGCGGCAUUUGUCCGGUUAUCAAAAACUGUGCCGACUGUGGUGAAAUCACACCGAAGCUAUGCACUUACAUUAGUGAAUGGUUAGAUUGA